GUCAUUAUUAUGAGAAUCGUAUAUUGUACGGUAAAGACAAUUAUGAGAUAUCUCGUAAUGGUGAUAGUGGAGGUCCUGUAUUUUAUUAUUUACAAAGUUUAUUAAGUGUGGGUCUAGUUGGCAUACACACUUAUGCAGUAGCAGAUUACUCUUCAGCUCUACCUCUAAGUGUAAUUCUCCGUGAAG